UCCUAGAAGGGAUUCUUGCAAGGCUGCAAAAAAUGUCUCUUGAUGGCAUCGUUAUGCACUCCCGUGAUCUAGUAGAUCAGGAGACACUGGAUGCUGGGGGAUUUGGUACAGUUUCUUUGUGCUUUCAUCGAAAAUGUGGCGUAGUUGUACUGAAAAAGGUAUAUACGGGAUUCAAUACUAAAGAGAGCAAUGAAGCACUUCUUGAAGAAGGUAAAAUUAUGCAGAGACUCAGUCAUGACAGAGUGGUGAAGUUAAUUGGCAUCAUCCUAGAAGAUCAAAACUACUCUCUGGUAAUUGAAUAUGUGCAGAAUGGAAAUUUAUUACACGUCCUGAAAAAGGCAACUGUCCCUAUGUCUGUAAAAGCCCGUGUUAUUCUGGAAACUAUCGAAGGAAUGAUUUACUUGCAUGACCAGAAGAUCGUUCACAAGGAUCUGAAACCAGAAAACAUAUUGAUUGAUGGUGAUUUUCACGCCAAGAUUGCAGACCUGGGGUUGGCAACACUGAAGACCUGGAGCAAGCUCACCAAAGAGGAGACUAAUCGCCAGAAGAUAUGCAACAAAUCCAGUAACACAAUGAAAAAACACAACGCAGGGACGUUGCUCUAUAUGGCACCAGAACACCUCAAAUCUAUUCAUACAAAAGCCACUGAAAAGUCUGAUGUGUACAGUUUUGGCAUAGUAAUGUGGGUGAUAUAUACUAACAAGGAACCUUAUGAACAUGCAAUUAAUGACACCCAACUAAUGUACUGUGUGACAAACAAUGAGAGGCCACUCAUGAAAGACUUGCCAGAGAACUGUCCAGAAGAAUCCAGAGACCUCAUGCAGAAAUGCUGGAGUGAUAAAAUAGAGGACAGACCUAUGUUUAAAGAGUGUGACUAUAUAUUCAGUAAAUUUUACACUCAAAAUUACGAGAAAUAUAUUGAGAAAGAUGUGGCUGAAGUUAAAAGUACUUUCCCAGAACCAAAACCAUUUGUCCAGAGGAUGACAUCCUUGCAAGUAGAUUCUGUUGCCGAACCACCAAGCAUCCAGCCAACAGAUCAUCCACAGUCACUGCACAGCUCCCAGGGUCUACAGACAAUAAACUUGAUAAAUGAACAGUUGUUCCAAGCAGCAUCGAAUGAUCCUGUACAGUCAGAGGAACCAAAAGAAGAGGAAAUAUUGGAGAGAAAACUGCAGGCAGAAAUGAACUAUCAUCAGACGGGUAGCUUUUCUCACUCUUCAUUACCCAUUCAGGGUGACAGAAUUGGGAAUCCAUCUUCUGCUUUGAAUGUUGGACCCAUCGAUGGUCUGUAUGAAGAAAGAGCUGUGCCUGCUUCUUACAACUAUGGGAACAGUAUGCACCCUGAAAAUGCAUAUGCCUCGAGGAAAAGGCCAGAACCGACUGCUCCUUUUAAAAGCAUUAAUGCCUCAUCUAUUCGGCCCUGGAAUGUAUCAAGUAGACAGUAUGAUCUAAAUGCAACACGGAAAACUCCAUACACUGCACAUAAUGUCCCAGUCCCUGAAUCAUCAAUACCUAAACCAUACAUGGAACAGCAGCAGGUAUAUCCUCUAGAUGUAAGACAAGCAGAAGAUAAAUUCUUAAAUCUUAGUAUAUCAAACAGUAGUGGUGUACAAAUUGGAAACCAUAAUUCUAUGAACAUUCAGAGUAAAAGAAGGCCAGAUUACCAGGCCAGAUGCCAGUCGGAGGAGAAAUACUUAUACUAUAUGCAGCACGGUGUGUUUGAUUCUACAUCUUUAGUAAAUGAAAAACAGCAUCAGUUUCUGGAAAAUAAUUUAUCUAAAAAAUGGAAAGCAUUUGCUCGUAAUAUUGGCUUCAGUGAGCCUGAAGUUGAAGAAAUUGACUACGACUAUGAAAGGGACGGACUUCAGGAAAAAGUUCACCAAAUGCUGCAUAAGUGGAAGAUGAAAGUAGGUUCCAAAAACACCACAGUGGGAAAGGUGGCCAUGGCACUUUAUAAAAUGGAAGAGACUGAAUUUCUUGACCAAUUAAUUGAUCUGGGUGGAACCUUAUAGAUGCACAAGGGAUUAUUAACCAUAGGAAAGAGACCAAAAUUGA